GCGGCCUUAGGCAGCCUAUCAUUUUGACCAGUUGCAGUCAAGCUUUAGGUUCCCUGUGAUUAAGGAAUAUUAAUUGACACCCUCCCCGCAACAGUUCAGACAUCCGACUUUUCUUCCUUCCUUCUCACAUCCUCUAUGUUUCCCGGCUACCGUACCCCCAUCUCUACAACACUCGCGAGAUUCAAGGCCCCGUUUCAUCCCUUGUUUUCUACACCUACGUCACCCCGCUGUCCCCGCGCCAGAGCGAUGUCGGCCACUAUGCCUCGUGCUGACCCUUUUCGGCCGGCUAAACGGGUCGCUGGUCAAAGACAGGAUGUUUGGUCAAUUGUCAAUGAAGCUGCUGCGGCUUCCCCCGUUCAGCCCAUUGUGAACAUGGGGCAGGGAUUCUUUGGAUAUAACCCUCCUAAGUUUGCGAUUGAUGCUGCAAAGGAGGCUCUUGACAGAGUUGAGUGUAACCAAUACUCGCCGACCAAGGGUCGCCCUCGCCUCAAGCAAGCCAUUGCGGAUGCGUAUUCUCCAUCAUUUGGCCGAAAGCUUAACCCGGAUACCGAAGUCACGAUUAGCACUGGUGCAAAUGAGGGAAUGUUAAGUGCUUUUAUGGGCUUCAUUGAGCCUGGCGAUGAGGUUAUUAUCUUCGAGCCUUUCUUUGAUCAGUACAUUAGCAACAUUGAAAUGCCCGGUGGCACCAUUCGAUAUGUUCCUCUGCACCCUCCCAAGGAUGGAGCUACAAGGACUUCCCCAGCUUCGGAAUGGUCCAUAGACUUUGAAGAGUUGGAGAAUACUAUUAACACCAAGACAAAAAUGAUUGUUUUGAACUCCCCUCAUAACCCGGUAGGAAAGGUCUUCUCUCGCAAUGAGCUUGAACGAAUCGGCGAGCUCUGUAUCAAGCACGAUCUCAUCAUUCUUUCUGACGAGGUUUAUGAUCGUCUUUACUAUGUACCCUUUACUAGAAUAGCAACCCUGUCUCCUAAGCUUUACGAACGCACUAUCACCGUGGGCUCAGCUGGGAAGGCCUUCUACGCAACUGGUUGGCGCGUUGGUUAUCUUAUUGGCCCGGAGCAUCUAAUCAAGUACGUGGCCGGUGCACACACACGAAUUUGCUACAGCAGCGUCUCUCCUCUCCAGGAAGCUGCAGCUGUUGCCUUUGAGCAAGCUGACAAGGUCGGUUUCUGGGAUGAGAGCCGCACUGAAAUGAAGAGGAAGAUGGAACGCUUCUGUCAAGUAUUUGAUGAGCUCAACAUUCCGUACUCUGAUCCUGAGGGUGGAUAUUUCGUUCUCGCAAAUAUGUCUUCAGUGAAGCUACCGGAGAAUUAUCCAUUCCCUCCUCAUGUUGCAAACCGUCCUCGCGAUUUCAAGCUUUGCUGGUUCCUCAUUCAUGAGGUUGGCGUAGCCGCGAUCCCACCAACUGAGUUCUACACUGACGCUAAUGCCCAUAUUGCGGAGGAUUAUCUCCGCUUUGCCGUAUGCAAGAAUGACGACGUGUUAGAAACUGCCAAGGAGAGACUCCGUGGAUUGAAGAAGUAUAUUGUACAGUGAACUUGUUCUUAGAAUGAGAGCUUCCUUGGUAUCGAACAGAGAACCAUAACUGCAAAAGCUAUCCCUGCUAGACUUUUGAUAAUAGAUUACAUAGUGGAGUUCAACAGAGCUCUUUGGAUAAGGUGGAACCAAUAGACCUUUUUUCAUGUUUACUGUUAACUUCUUUGCUCCGCUGUCUCAAAAUCCUGAUUUGGAAGGUCUGCAUCAAGCAGUUCCUAAAAGACAUUUUCUCCACUUCCCUCAACCCCUGGAAGCUGGCUGCCCGUUAACACUUCUAAUAUGUUAUCAAUAGGAAAUCGAUGCUAGAAGCAUGAAAACAGACCACCAAAAACACAAUAGG